AUCCCUGCCUUCUCAGUCCUCACCAUGUUGGUCCUCAAUCAUACCAAUGCUCAACCUCUGACCUUCCUGCUGACGGGAAUCCCAGGCCUGAGGUCAUCCCAGAUAUGGAUCUCCAUUCCUUUCUGUAUCCUGUAUGUUGUUGCUGUCUCUGGAAACAGCCUGAUCCUGUUGGUGGUACUUCAAGAGCGGAGCCUCCAUGAGCCUAUGUAUUAUUUUCUCUCCAUGCUUUCAGCCACAGACCUGAGCUUGUCUCUCUGCACACUCUCCACUACGCUUGGUGUCUUCUGGUUUGAAGCUCGAGAGAUCAAUUUGAAUGCCUGUAUUGCCCAGAUGUUCUUUCUUCAUGGGUUUACAUUCAUGGAGUCUGGGGUUCUGUUGGCCAUGGCCUUUGAUCGUUUUGUGGCCAUCUGUGACCCCCUGAGGUAUAGCAGCAUCCUCACAAAUGCCAGAAUUGCCCAGAUUGGGGUAAGUGUGUUGAUAAGGAAUGUUGUUGUCAUGUUGCCUGUGGUUCUUUUUGUCAAGAGGCUGUCCUUCUGCAGUUCUCUAGUCCUUUCACACUCUUACUGCUACCAUGUUGAUCUCAUUCAACUCUCAUGCACAGACAACAGAAUCAAUAGCAUCCUUGGUCUGUUUGCGCUAUUCUCUACUACAGGGUUUGACUGCCCUUGUAUCUUGCUCUCCUAUAUCCUGAUCAUCCGAGCUGUCCUCAGCAUUGCUUCCUCAGAAGGACAGCAGAAAGCCUUCAAUACCUGCAUAUCACACAUCAUCGCUGUAGCCAUCUUCUAUAUUCCUCUCAUCAGCUUGUCUCUGGUCCAUCGUUAUGGCCAUUCAGCACCUCCGUUUGUCCACACCGUCAUGGCAAAUGUUUUCCUGCUCAUACCUCCUGUGCUCAACCCUGUUAUCUAUAGUGUGAAGACUAAACCAAUUCAAAAGGCCAUUAUUAAGAUCUUAAUUCAGAGGCAAUGCCAAAUUUAAUCACCACUCAGCU